AAAACACAACGUCAUCGAGAAGCACGUGUGGACCUUCCGCUUGCCGUACUUGGCUCCGCCAUUGUUUGACAGGUCUCGUUGCUAACCGAGAUGUUGACUUUGGUAACUGGACGUAGCGAUGAACCACAAACUUCACAUUAAAAAUACGUUUGCAGGAAACUUUACCGAAGCUCAGAGGGCAUGAGAGACGACACACGCCUUGGCAAGGAGAGGAUUUGUGGAGCUGCUUUCAUGGCAGAGGACAGAAAAGUAUGUUACUGCUCAUUGGAGAUAAGUUUCAAACAUCAGAAAAUGCUUCAGUCAAAAUGCCAAGUUGGACACGUUCGCUCUUGGGCAUGAGAUCAACAGCAAAAUUCAGUCUGCUUUGGCAUCAACAAAUGAUAUCCUGGACCGAAGCUCUCCACGACUGUGAGCGAGUGGAAAAAAUAAUGUCCCCAACCUCCUGGGUUGGCCAUGAAUGCAAAGACAGCACGUGUCUACUGCUGCUGAACAGCACUCACUGGCUUCCAGCCCACUCAUAAAUUACAAAGCAAAGUCUCUUCCAAGACCGCCUUCAGUGAAACAGUUCAUUCAGUAAGCCUGGUUCCUUUCAGCACCACAGCUGUCAGUGAAUGGAGUUGUUUGACAAAGACUUUGUUUUGAAAUUUAUUACAAGACCAGAAAAGCUGAGAUCACCGUGCGCAACGCUGCAUCUGUAGAAUGUACAAAGACUACAGAUCAGGUCGAGUCACAGGACUCAACGCUCUGCCCUUUGAUCCAGCAGCCAACAACGACCCUCUCCAGUUCAACGGUUCUAGUGGGACUGAGUGCGCUCCUUUGGAUAACACAGCUGAAAACGGCAAAAAGAGAAAGAGAGCCAGCCUCCCCCCAGAAGGGAUCUGUAACAUGACAAUGGACUCCAACUCAAUGACAAUGCCUAUGUCAGACCCCAACCCCUGGGCAUCAGCUAUGAAUAAUAUGGGGAUGCCUCCCAUAGGAAUGACAGGACAACCACUUAUACCAGAUUUUGAUCCUAAUCUUGGCAUGAUGGCUGGAAUCACCCCCAUAAAUCCCAUGAUGCCCGGUCUCGGCAUGGUGCCUGCACCAGUCUCCCAGGAUGUACCAGUUGUGAAGGAGAUCAUCCACUGCAAGAGCUGCACCCUUUUCCCCCCCAACCCUAAUCUUCCACCUCCAGCCACAAGAGAACGCCCCCCCGGUUGCAAAACUGUGUUUGUCGGUGGUCUGCCAGAAAACGCCACCGAGCAGCUCAUCAUGGAGGUCUUUGGACAGUGUGGUGAUAUCACAGCCAUUCGCAAAAGUAAGAAGAACUUCUGUCACAUCAGGUUCGCCGAGGAACCUACAGUGGACAAGGCUCUCUUCCUAUCUGGAUACCGCAUCCGUCUGGGCUCCAGCACGGAUAAAAAGGACACCGGGCGGCUCCACGUUGACUUUGCUCAAGCCAGAGACGACCUGUACGAGUGGGAGUGUCGUCAGCGCAUGCUGGCCCGAGAGGAGCGUCACAGGCGCAAGAUGGAGGAGGACCGUCUACGGCCGCCCUCCCCUCCUCCGAUUGUCCACUACUCUGAGCAUGAGUGCAGUCAGCUGGGAGACAAAAUCAAAGACGACGGUAAAUUUCCAGAUGCCGUGCGCGUCCUCCUGACCUGGCUGGAACGGGGCGAAGUCAACCGCAGAAACGCCAACAACUUCUACUCCAUGAUCCAGUCCUCCAACAGCCACAUCCGCCGGCUGAUAGGCGAGAAGAGUCAGCACGAGAAGGAGAUGGAGGAGGCCAAAGACAAGUUCAAGACGGCUCUGGCUGGCAUAGUGGCUCAAUUUGAACAGAUUGUGUCUGUAUUCCAAGCUGCUUCCAAACAAAAGGCAUGGGACCAUUUCUCCAAAGCUCAACGCAAGAACUUGGACAUGUGGCGCAAACAAGCCGAGGAGAUCAGAAACAUGCACAAUGAGCAGCUGAUGGGCAUCAGACGAGAAGAGGAGAUGGAGAUGUCUGAUGAUGAUAUGGAAGAUGUCCCUGACAGCAAAGACUCUGAGGACUCAGGUGUUUCCCAAGCAGAAGCCUUAAAGGAGGAGAACGACUCCCUUCGCUGCCAGUUGGACGCCUACAGGAACGAGGUGGAGCUGCUCAAACAGGAGCAAGGAAAAAACCAACCAGUAAGGAGUGAGGAGGACAGCACUCAUUCACAGCAGCUCAGCUUUCUACAGCAGGCUCUGCAAGGCAUGCAAAAGCAACUGUUAAAAAUGAGGGACGAACUGAAGCAGCGGGAGGUUGAGCUGGAAAAGAGCUUGCAGGACAAACAGCAGCUGAAGGCGCAAGUCCAGAACUUGAAGGAAGGUCUCCAGAAGCUGCAGAGCACACACACAAUGAAGUUGGAGAUGUCAAAGUCAGGUGAUGGAGGCAGUGAGGAGAGCAACAAUCAGACUACUGAGGCCAGACCUUCAGCAGUGGUGUCCUGCAGUCAGGAGAAAAGAGGUCCCACAGAGAAGAACCCAGCUAGUCCCAUUCACUCCGAGAGGGAAGCCCUGCUUGUUGGGAUCAUCUCCACCUUCCUGCAUGUCCACCCUUUUGGAGCCAGCAUCGAGUACAUCUGUUCCUACCUGCAGCGUUUGGACACAAAGAUUAACCCCAGCGAGGUGGAGGCUCUCCUGUCCCGGCUGCCCUGCACCUUCAGGCAGGAGCUGACUGGUGUCGGAGCAAGUUUGGAGAAACGCUGGAACUUCUGCGGCUUUGAGGGCAUCAAGAGCACUUAAACUCUGUGGGUGACACCUCUGGGGCUUCAAGGAGACGACAGGCAACACAGACUCUGUAGCAAUGUGAAAGAUACAGUACCUAGCUCACAACUAUCAAAGACUGAAGUCUGACUGUACAAGGGACACAGAGGACUGAUCUCAGAUCAUGCUGGAAGGUUCCACGAGCACUUCAGGGACUGUGUAGGUGGCAGAGACUUUAAACAUCAUCGCUGAUGAUGUUGAGACCAAGCACCUAUGAUUAGAAGCUUGAUCUCCGAGUUCCUGUGCAUCUGCAAAAUAUUUUUAGACAUGAUGACUCCCUGGGAGUCACAAAGGAGCACCAGUUUCUACCGUCACUGGAUCAUUACAUAGUUUUGCCCACAGGAGCAGAACGUUGUGCUUUUGGAGCCUACACGUGACUGUGUGGUGUCAGGUCAACAGGGCUAAUCCAGGAGGAGAUCAGGGCAUGUCCUCUGAACCCGUCGACCUCCUUCUCUUCUCUUUGCUGUUGCCAGUUUGUAACAUAGAUCAAAAAUGAAUAUAUUUCUUCAUUUUCUGUGAAGGCUGUCAGCAGUUGCAUAGACUCAUUUGUUGUAAGACAUUGUAAAUGCUUGGAUGAUAUUUUUGAAUAUAAAAGACAUUUGAAUAUAAAGAAAAAAGGCAAA